UGGGUGAAAGGGUGCGGAUGAGAGAGAGAAGAAAAUAGAGAGAGAGAGAGAGAGAGAGAGAGAGGGAGGGAGGGAGGAGGUUGUUGUAGGUGGUGUCGUUCCCCAUGGCGUCGCUUCCGAUGGGACCCAACCGUGCGCCGGAGCCGGAGCCGGAGCCGAUGAUCGUCGAUCCGCGGCCGCCGGAGGCGGCGGAGAAGAAGCAUGAAGCAUCUACAAUAGAGGGCAAUGAUCCGGUCACUGGUCACAUUAUCUCCACUACUAUCGGAGGAAAGAAUGGCGAACCUAAACGGACCAUUAGUUACAUGGCGGAGCGUGUUGUGGGAACUGGGUCUUUUGGAAUCGUUUUCCAGGCAAAGUGCUUGGAAACCGGGGAGACUGUUGCCAUCAAGAAGGUCUUGCAGGACAGACGGUACAAGAAUCGCGAGUUACAACUGAUGCGCUCAAUGGAUCAUUCCAACGUUAUAUCUUUGAAGCACUGCUUCUUCUCUACCACUAGCAGGGAUGAGCUUUUCCUUAACUUAGUCAUGGAAUAUGUGCCUGAAAAUUUGUAUCGUGUCCUAAAGCAUUACAGCAAUGCGAAUCAAAGGAUGCCUCUUAUUUAUGUGAAGCUUUAUAUGUAUCAGAUAUUUAGGGGGCUAGCUUAUAUCCACACGGCUCUGGGAGUUUGUCAUCGAGAUGUGAAGCCACAAAAUCUGUUGGUUGAUCCUCUCACUCACCAAGUCAAGCUCUGUGAUUUUGGGAGCGCAAAAAUUCUGGUUAAGGGUGAGGCAAACAUAUCAUACAUAUGCUCUCGCUAUUAUCGUGCACCUGAACUCAUAUUUGGUGCAACUGAAUAUACUACAUCUAUUGAUAUAUGGUCAGCUGGAUGUGUUCUUGCUGAGUUACUUCUUGGACAGCCACUCUUUCCUGGAGAAAGUGCUGUUGAUCAGCUUGUUGAGAUAAUCAAGGUUCUUGGUACUCCAACACGUGAAGAAAUUCGGUGUAUGAACCCGAACUACACAGAAUUUAGAUUUCCACAGAUAAAAGCUCAUCCAUGGCACAAGAUUUUCCACAAGAGAAUGCCUCCAGAAGCGAUAGAUCUUGCUUCAAGACUUCUUCAAUAUUCGCCAAGUCUUCGCUGUACUGCUCUUGAAGCUUGUGCACAUCCCUUCUUUGAUGAGCUCAGAGAACCUAAUGCUCGGUUGCCAAACGGCCGUCCUUUUCCUCCCCUUUUCAACUUCAAGCAAGAAUUAGCAGGUGUUUCACCAGAGCUUAUCACCAGGUUGAUACCAGAACAUGUGAGGCGACAAACCGGCCUCAACUUUCUUCACCCUAGUGGAACAUAAAUGGUUUAAAUAGUUUUGCUCCUUUUUGUCAAAGUGCACCACCUGAAGCAUAGCAGGGUACAAGUUCUGGUGCUCCUAAAUUGUACCAUCACCAAGUUUUUCUCUUUAGUUGGGGGUAGAACUAGUGCUUCUGGUGAAUCAGAGAGGUGCCAAAUUCCUCGCAGCUUUUGUCGCAACCUGUAUAUUGUCUUGACCAUGAAGGAAACCUCAUUAUGCGUAGUGUUUAGUAGGAAUGGAAGUAUUACUGCAGGAAAUGGAAGUAUUGCUGGAGUUUUAAGGGGGGGGUGUUCUGUUACGGGACCGAUGAAUCUGUAAUGUAGGUUCCUAAUUUGCUUUGCUUUAAUGUUUUUUGAACUAUUACUUCUACUGUAUGCCAGUGGUAGCGUAGUUCGUACGUAUUUUGAAUCGUCUAAGGUGUAAAUGCAACUUUGGUGUCCAGAGGUCUAUUAUUUAUUAUCGUAGAAAUUGGGUUUUGGGUGAUUUUGUGGCAAUAUUAUGUUUAUGUUUAUUUUCGAAGUCAAUCUACUUAUUAUUUUCUCUUU